AAAAACAAGAUUCACAUUGCAAGUCGACAGUUAAUUUCAUUGUAAAACAUCGACGCUACUAUUCUCACUGCCUCUGUAGCCAGUGAACUAAUGCUAGCACAGGCACCCCUUGUAUACACCCUUCUACAAAUUUGAAAAUAUCUUUUAUUUUUUUUACUGACAUCGUUGUGAAAGCACUUUGUUAAAGUUAGCUUACCAUGCUAGUUUAGUCCUGCUGGUGGUUGUUGCCCAGAAAUGCAUAGCCUUUGCGUUUGAAGUGACUCGAUACAGUAAAUGAAUAACAAUUGACGCAUUUAGUUAGCAUUGAAGUAUAUAUUUAUUCAUAUUGUAAUUAGUACAAGAGCCAAGAGGACACACGAUGAUGGCCUCCUGUCUUGCUCCCUCCGUUCCUACUGCUGUUGCGACAUUCCUCUCCACAUUGCUGCCCUGUGGCUUCGCUGUUGGGCCUUCAAUGUCCUGUAAGGGACGACUUGGACUGUGGUGGGUUGGCCGAGCUCUGCAGGUUGGAUACCUGCUGGGGAAAGAAGGGGACACAGAAUGGGUGCAAAAGUUUGAGACUGGCCCACUGCCUCCCCAGGAUCUGAUCAUGACACCGGAAUCCAUAACAGACAGCACAGGAGAAGAAAAGGCACGUAUGCAAAUAGCAGAGAACAAUGAUGUUCCACGGCACAAAGCUGUCUGGAUCAACUUUGCCUGCCAGGUGCAAAGCAAAGCUCUGCACAAUGUGGCAGUGCAAUGUACGUGUGCAGAGAUGUGUGUGGGCAAGUGUGUGAGUAUAUGUUUGCGUGUGUGUCAUGAGAUCCAGCCAGGAACGGAACUGUUGUUGGGUGGUGAAAUUGAGAGAAGAAGUGAUGCAAGAGACAGACUUGAUGUACAGGACAUCUCUGAAGGACAACAAAGAGAAUACCCAAUGAAAUUAUUAAGGGGUCUGGAAAAGGAUGUGACCAACCCACAGAUUAUUCAGGAAAGACAAGAUGACCAGACAGAUGAAGAGGAAGGACGGACCAAAGAACCUUAUGAACUCUCAAAGAUUCACUCAGCCACACUCAGUCUUAACAGAGGUAGACAGGAGGAAAGUAGCUCUGUAGUUAACACUGCAGCUAACGUAGUCAGUACUGUUAUGAUAUCAAAUGGCCACACUGACAGUACCGACAGUGUCAUGGCUGCAGUGCACACUCGGUUAAAGUUGAACUCUACGGACAGGCAGAGAACCUUAGGUGGCCCAGCUCCUUCUGUCCGCUGUAGCUCUCGCCUGGCUGCCAAACCACGACAGGUUCACUGUCUGACCAGCCGAAUAAAGAAACCCCCUGUCCACCCACUCCCAAACAGACAUAUAGAUAGGCAGGAGAGUCUCACAGAGGUUGCCAAGUCCUCUGCAGAAACAGUGCUUUCCAUGGGAACAUCAAAUUCUGAUGCUGUGGCCGUUAGAGCAGCAAAUUUGACAGUUGACGCUCCCACUUGCUGCCCAAAAGUGAGAGAGAGGCGUUACCGGUGUUCCAGUUGUGGGAAGAAGUUCUACCAGAUUUCCCACUUAAAGAAACACCAGUUGAGUCACACAGAAGCUAAAUCCUUCACCUCUCAGGACUGUGGCAAAAACCAUACCUCUGCAGAUAACCUCAAGGCCCACCAGUUGAGACACCGUGGAGAGCGUCCAUUUUCCUGUCCCCACUGUGAGAAGACCUAUGGCUUGCCGCGGAACCUCAAAGAGCACAUGUUCUUGCACACAGGAGAGAAGCCAUAUGUCUGUGAGCACUGUGGCAAGACCUUUGCACGUCGCUCCUCGCUGCGCGACCACCGUCUCCUUUACUGCAGUGGAUUGAUUUACACACAGCCUCCAAAGUUGCAGUGUACCCUCUGCCCCAAGCUCUUGGCAAACUCUGGUUCUCUGAGUAAUCACAUGAAGCUCCACACAGGAGAGAAACCUCACAUCUGUCAGCACUGUGGAAAAAGUUUCAGUCAAAAAGGGAACCUUAAUAGCCAUUUGCGAAUUCACAAUGGAGAGAGACCAUUUUCCUGCCCUGAAUGUGACCAGAGGUUCGCUCAGAAAGCUGAGCUUUGCCGUCACAGGCUUUCCCACACCGGGGCCAGUUUCCUCUGUAGUUACUGUGGAAAAUCCUUAAGGGAUCCGCAUACCCUCAAGUCCCACGAAAGAUUGCACACUGGCGACCGGCCUCAUCGUUGCACCAUCUGUGGAAAAGGUUACACUAUGGCCACAAAGCUGAGGAGACACAUUAAAUCUUCACAUGUGACAGAGAAGCCCUACAGGUGCCACUGCGGUGCUUCCUACACUCUGAGACAAAGUCUAUUGAGGCAUCAAGUGCAGCACCAAUCACAGGAGGAAACAGAGGAGGAGCUCAAGGAAGCAUUGAGGCAGAAGGCUAAACCACCUAUGCAAGAAUAUGCAGCAGUAAACUCUCAUCACCCAAAGCCAGUCAAAGGUAGACCCAAGAAAGGAGCUGAGGAUGGCAGAGUACAAAGAAGAAGACGAGGAAAGGGAGAAGAAAAGGGGUCAGGAAAAAUUGUAAGGAGAUCUGAGACUGCAAUUUCGGCUGGAAGAGAUAGAAAAGCUUCAAGUGACACCCAGCACGCUGUUGUAUUUGUUCACACUGACAAUACAGCUACACCAAGGUACGGCCCUCUGCUGCUCACCUCAUUGAACUUGCAUUCAGGAACAGGACAGGAGCUGUUCGAGGUGGUGAUCUCAGAAGGUGCGGAGCAGUGCUUUGUUGUCCAGGGGCAGCAGACGGUAGGAGAUCUGAUGAUCGUACAAGAGGAGGAGCUCUGUUCUGUGGCCCAGACAGUUGAGAUAAACACUUUGUAGCUUUAAAUAACUUACAUUAUGUGUUGAGCAAACAACAUUAGACAGAAAUUGCCUUUUGAUUUAAUAUAUUAGUGCUACAUUUGAUGCCCACCGAAAGUGUAAUAUUCAAAAGUACUCACACUGUACUGAAGUAGAAGUAGAUAUGUUUGUGUAAAAUAAGAUUGGUUAGAGUAGAAGUACAGCACUCUGAUACUUAAGUACAAUUGAUAAAAGUACAGAAACUAAAAUGUACAAAAAAUACAAACGUAGAAAUUAUGUUUUACUGUCAAUUAUAUGCAAUACUCCUUUUAAUAACAAUAAAAAUAAAACUUAUCUGUGCACAAAAUAGUUUCCCCUUUUUAUUAACUUCAAUUGUGCUCAUGCUUUGAAAUAAAAAUGUCACAUUUGUUUUUUUUUUAAAACCAGGAUUUAACUAGCGAUGGUUUGACUUAUGCUAUCAAAGCAGCGUGUUCCCAUUGCUUUGCUACCACUAUGAACUGACUAACAAAAAAAAUGCUAAAUUAGCGAAUGAUGUUUUUAUUCCGAUGAGAGUGAGAAUUUUAUUAACACAGUUUUUUUAGGCCAGCACAAUGCAUUUGCCACAAAUCAUCUUUGUAGCAAACUACAUCAACCAGUUCUCUGAAGGGAGAACAUGCAAACUCCACACACACUCAUCACAGUACAGAAUUUGCUCUUAUCAAAGUGCUAAAUGAUAUAAGGUUGAAUACUGACUCGGGAAUGUUGUCAAUUCUGGUCUCAGUGCGGCUUUUGAUACUACACUUUUUGAUUCUGCUAAACAGGUUGGAAACGUGGGUAGGACUAAAUGGAACAGUCAUUAAAUGCUUUAGGGCCUUCCCCUGAGGAAAGGAGUUAUUUUGUAACCAUUGGAAGUGUUUGAUCUCAUCGAAUGGCGCUUCGGUCGGCCUCAGGACCUCCCUGGGUUCUGGGGGGUUGAUGGGGUCCCCUGGUUGGGUCCCCUGCUGGACGGGCUCGCUGACUCGGCCCCCAACCCCCCGUUGUCGGUGGGAGGGGCUCACCUUUCCUCGAUGUGCCGGCUUAGCAACUCCGUACACCAGUUGACGAACAUGCAUGAGAUAUGGUGUUGAUUCACUAAUAGGUUCGAUAGACACACUAUAGGCUUUAAUUACUUGUGCUGGGAUCACUAACAACAACACGGGUUAUACUAACAUAUCAACUCGCAGGUUCUUACAGGUGUUUAGACACUAAAAAAAGAAUCCCACCGCACCACUCGUCAGUAGCACUGCCUUGCUCAUUUUCCCACAUUCUGUCCUGCCCUUUUCUGUCCUCUCAUCUUGUUCUCUUGGUCAGUUAUUGCAUGUCCUCACCAGGUGCGAUCGUCUACAAGGGGAGGAGAUGGAAAUUGUCAGAUGCCCCCUAAAGCCAGUCGUCAAUAGGUGGGGUGGGAUGACCCUCUCUGGGUGGAUGCCUGAGGCCACCGUCCAGACGCCCUUUUGAACGCCACGUGCAGUUGGGGUAGUAGUCUCGCCACGCUGCACUAUUUGCAUAUCUGUUGUUGACGAAUACUGGCCAUUCAUGCCAGAGUAGCAUUUGCCCCACUUGCACACUGAUUGAGGAGUAUCUGCAACAUUUGCACAAUCAACAUUGUCCCAGAUUAUCGCGCUACUAGUCACUUUAAACUGCAUACACCCCUUGAAGUCUCGGCGCCCUUUGCACCGUGGUCAUUGCACCGGACUAUUGCUAUAUUAGUCAUUCAAACUGCUCUAAGUGCUAGAGGACUCUACAUCUUUUUGCACAAUUGUCAAAAAAAUAAAUUAAAUAAAAUAAAAAAAUUUACCGACAUUA